AUGGCUGGAGAGGGCAGCACCUCCUCGUCGCUGACAUCCACAUCGCAUACGCUCACCCACCCCGCGCCCACUAGCAACGCCAUGGCCGCGACCACCACCGCUCCGCUCGAGGCAGCUUCUAUGCUGGCCUUUCUCGACUCCCUGAAGGCCGAAAACCGUCAUGCUUUUCUGCAGCCCCCGGCGUCAAUAUCCACGGCGUCUCUGCACUGGGCCAAGCAGGCGCUCGAUGCCUUCGCCGGGCAGGUCAGCGAUGAGCAGCAGGCCGCCAGGCUGCGGGACAGGAAGAGGAAACGAGAGGUCGGGCCCAGUAGCGAGGUAUUAAAGAUCCGGAAGGUUCACGUGGACGGCUUCGAGACCGGCCAGGUCUGGCAGCAGACGAGAAGGAUUAUCAACAGUGCUCUCAGUCUGUCUUCAAAUGUCUUGAAAGAGCUGGAGGAGAAUGGGCAGAUCCAGACAAACGGGGUCGAGUCCGGAUUACCGAAUGGCAACACUAAGAAGCUACUGAGUGAAGAGGAUGACUCUGAGCCCCCCUCUAGCGAAGAGGACGAGUCAGCCAGCGGAUCAGACGCAGAGGAGGAAGAGUGGGAAGACGCCGAGUCCCAGCAGGGCCAAAGUGAGGGCUCAGCAGAAAUAGAUGAGGACGACGUGGAGGAUAUCGAGGACAUCGAAGACGAGGAAAUGCAAGAUGAAGAUGAAGAGGACGACUUCGACGAUCAGCCAGCCGACAUUUACGUCGAGGAUCCACACGGCCUCAACGACGGGUUCUUCUCUAUAGACGACUUCAACAAGCAAUCACAAUACUUCGAGGACCAGGAUGCCAAAGCUGAUCCUUUCACGGAUCAAGCAGACGACGAUGACGAGGUCGAUUGGCAUGGAGAUCCUUUCGCGCCAUCCAAGGGCAAGGUUUCGAAGAAUACCAAGGAAGAGGAGAUGUCCGGUGACGAGGAUGGGGAUGACGAUGAGGACGACGAUGCCGGCCCGACGUUCGGCGACAUGGACCUGAAUGCCCCAGAAGGUGCGAGUGAUGACGAGGGCGACUUGGCAGACGGAAUAGCAGGGGACAUGGGGCUCGAUCUCACAGCGAACGACAUUUUCUACAAGGACUUUUUCGCACCUCCGCCCAGAAAGGCAAAGAAGGGAGAGAAACCGAGGAAGUUCAAGCCAACGAGGCAAGGUACGCCAGACGAACGGGACAUGGAGCGGGCCAUGGAUAACGUCCGACGGGAUCUCUUUGAUGAUGUGUCGGAUAACUCAGACGAGGAGGAUGCUUUGUCAGAUGCGUCUGCUGGUGAUCCAAAGUCUCGACGGUCGGCACACGAACGGAGACAGGCCAAACUGUCCGAGGAGAUCCGCAAGAUGGAAGCCGAGCUCGUGGCCAAGCGCGCCUGGACGCUCUCUGGUGAGGCAUCCGCGUCCGCACGUCCGAUGAACUCUCUGCUCGAGGAGGAUCUAGAUUUUGAGCACGCGGGCAAGCCUAUCCCGGUCAUCACGGAGGAGGUUAGCGAGGAGCUCGAAGAUCUCAUCAAGCGGCGAAUCAUUGCAGGCGAGUUUGAUGGAGUGCCAAAGCGGAGGCCGGACGCAGACGUGCCUGCUGACGUUCGUCGCGGCCUGGUUGAGCUCGACGAUGCCAAGGCGAAACAGAGCCUGGCGGAGAUUUACGAGGAAGAUCACGUCAAGGCCACCAACCCAGACUCGUACGUCAGCGCCAAGGACGAGAAGCUACGCCGGGAGGAGAAAGAGAUCGAGGCAAUGUGGAAGGAUAUCUCAGCGAAGCUCGACUCCCUCAGCAGCUGGCACUACAAGCCCAAGCCGGCGGCGCCCUCGCUGCAGGUUGUUUCGGAUGUCGCCACGGUUGCCAUGGAGGACGCGCAGCCCACCACGGCACAGGGCGUCAGCGGAGGCGAGAGCAUGAUCGCGCCGCAGGAGGUGUACAACCCGACCAAGGACACGGCGGAGAAGGGCGAGGUGGUGGCCAAGAGCGGGCUGCCGGUCGCGCGGCAGGAGAUGAGCCGGGAGGACAAGCUGCGCAGACGCAGGCGGGAGAAGGAGAGGAUCAAGAAAUCCGGCGGGGAAACGACCACGCUCGGCAAGAAGGCGCAGGAGAAGAAGGACACCAUGGCGGAUCUCAAGAAGGGCGGCGUCAAGGUCAUCAACAGGAAGGGCGAGGUCAUGGAUAUGGAUGGCAAGAAGCCGCAGGCCACCAAGGCUGCCACAAGUGGGAGCUUCAAGCUAUAA